GGGCCUAGAGAACCAUCUGGGAGAAAUGGGGAGGGGUCUGACAUAGAGUUAGGGCCUAAAUAUGAAGGCCUUUUGUACGUCAAGCAUCCCGAGGGAAACUGAGCAGAGGAAAGCAGCGUGCCAUUUAUAUCUAUAUUUAUCUAUCUAUCUAUCUAUCUGGGGGGGUAAAGAAAGGCCGGGGAAGGAACUGGCAAUCCCACCCCAUAUAUAUGGUCUGCCUAGUAAACGUCGCAAGACGUCACCCUAAGAGUCGGAAACAACUCGCACUACAAGUGCGGGGACACCUUUAUCUUUAUCUGUCUAUCUAUCUAAAUGUAAAUGUACUGCUUUUAAGUCGAUUCCACCUUAUGGUGACCCUAUGAACAGGGUUUUCAUGAGACUGAGAGGCAGUGACUGGUCCAAGGUCACCCAGUGAGCUUCCUGGCUGUGUGGGGAUUCGAACCCUGGUCUCCCAGGUAGUAGUCCAACACCUUAACCCCCCCCUCUCUCUGCUUACAUGGUCUAGAUAUCUUAACACAUAGAUUGAAAAGAAUUAAUAUAUUUAAGUCUCACCCACAGGGACUCAGAAUUUCCAGGAAAUAAUCUGCUGGAUACAGUAGAUCAGUCCACGAAAGACUGAUCGAAAACUGCAGGAGACAUCUCUCUUUUAUAGACUCUCUUGUUUGUUGUGACUGGAACACAUAUGUAGCCAGUCCAUGUGAGGGUAGUUAAAGUCACCCUUUAUGACAACCUUUCCUCUUUUGGACUGAAAUCAUUUAAACGACCUCUUUCUUGCCCAUGCACAGGAUUGAGGGUUCUUCACCUUUUCCGUUAAGCCUAAAGCUGUUCAGAGUCCUUGUAUGUCAGCAACUGCACUCACCUGGGCUUGCACAGUUUCCAACAGCAGAGUAUCUGAACAGGCAGAUCUAAAGAGGAAGCCCCACAGAGACUUAUCUCAGGACUGAGGAUAAAUGAGGAAAAAUAAUGGCGUUCCACAGCUGAAGGAGAUUAUGCUUUUUAUUGACUACACAUUUCUGUGUGGAUAUAUGUGAGCAUACAUCAACUCUGCCCAUAGCCAGUAAAUCAGAAUAAUAUAAAUCCAUGUUUAUUAAGUAAUACAGUAUGUUAUUCAGGAAUUUCACACAAUAUACUUAUAAAGUCUACAUACAGUAUGUCUCAAUUACUCUUGGAGCCCAGUAUCGCCACCCACAAUGAUUCUGACCCACCCUUCCUCUCAAAGGGGUCCUGGGCAGCCUGAUUUCUGUGUGCCUCCUCUGGAAAUAUGGGAAGGGAGGGGUGGCCUCCAGGUUAAAGUUUCCUUUCAGUCUGCUAAGAAAUCCCCCAAAUUAAUUACCUGGAAUGGUUUCCAUAGUGCCACUGAGCUGAGCUUUAUGUACAGUUGCCUGUUCACAAGUGCCAGUGGGUUCCACAUACGCCUGUCUAUUCAUCACCAGGAGAUCUCCGAUCCUGCCUUUCUUGGAAUUUGGGAAGGGGCCACAGCAAUGGGUGGACAUGGAAUGCCUGGAUAAUUUAGGUUCAGAACUAACCAGCUUGUCUCUUCCUUUGAAAGAAAUAUCCAAACAGGGCUUCAUCUCUUCACUGGAAGGACAAGCUCCCAUUGGAUGGGGCGUUGAUGAAGGGGAGAUAUCUGCAGCAGAUGAUAGGCAGAAGAAUGAUAAUUAUAGGAAAUCACUGAUGGUGUCAUUGGUAAUAGCCAAGGGUGAAGCAUAAAAAGAGAUGGUUGAAAAUGACAGGAGCCCAAAACCAUCUGAAGGAAACCAGUCAAAGAAUGGGAGGAAGAAAUCCUCUACUUCUCAGAGUUUGCCUCACAGAAUGCACAGAGGAAAGAAAUCAUUUAAAUGCAUGGAAUGUGGAAAGAGCUUCUCUCUAAGCGGUAACCUUACUAAACAUCAAAGAAUACACACAGGGGAGAAACCAUUUGAAUGCAUGGAGUGUGGAAAAAGCUUUAGUGUGAACUCUCACCUUACCACUCAUAAAAGAAUCCACACAGGGGAGAAGCCAUUUAAAUGCAGGGAGUGUGGACAGAGCUUCUCUGUAAGCGGUAAUCUUACUAAACAUCGAAGAAUACACACAGGGGAGAAACCAUUUGAAUGCAUGGAAUGUGGAAAGUGCUUCAGUGAGAACCGUACCCUUACAGUACAUAAAAGAACACACACAGGAGAGAAGCCAUUUAAAUGCAUCCUGUGUGAAAAGAGCUUCAGUCAGAACUGUCACCUUUCAUCACAUCAAAGAACCCACACAGGGGAGAAGCCAUUUAAAUGCAGUGAGUGUGGAAAGUGUUUCACUGACUCUGGUAGCCUCGCUCAACAUCAAAGAACCCACACGGGGGAGAAACCAUUUAAAUGCAUGGAGUGUGGAAAGAGCUUCAGUGAGGGGCGUAAGCUUACAUUACAUCAAAGAAUCCACACUGGGGAGAAACCAUUUAAAUGCAUGGAGUGUGGAAAAAGCUUUAGGGUGAACUCUCACCUUACCACUCAUAAAAGAAUCCACACAGGGGAGAAGCCAUUUAAAUGCAGGGAGUGUGGACAGAGCUUCAGGGUAAGCAAUAGCCUUACUUUACAUCAUAGAACACACACGGGGGAGAAACCAUUUAAAUGCAUGGAGUGUGGACAGAACUUCAGUCAAAGGGGUAUCCUUACUAUUCAUCAAAGAACGCACACAGGGGAGAAACCAUUUAAAUGCAUGGAGUGUGGAAAGAGCUUCAGUGCACGGAGUUACCUUACUAGUCAUCAAAGAAGACACACAGGGGAGAAACCAUUUAAAUGCAUGGAGUGUGGACAGAACUUCAGUCAAAGGGGUAACCUUACUAUUCAUCAAAGAACACACACGGGGGAGAAGCCAUUUAAAUGCAGGGAGUGUGGACAGAGCUUCAGCGUAGGCCAUAGCCUUAUUUUACAUCAUAGAACACACACGGGGGAGAAACCAUUUAAAUGCAUGGAGUGUGGAAAGACCUUCAGUAUAAGCAGAAGCCUUACUUUACAUCAUAGAACACACAUGGGGGAGAAACCAUUUAAAUGCAUGGAGUGUGGAAAGAGCUUCAGUGAGGGGCGUAAGCUUACAUUACAUCAAAGAAGCCACACCGGGGAGAAACCAUUUAAAUGCAUGGAUUGUGGAAAAAGCUUUAGGGUGAACUCUCACCUUACCACUCAUAAAAGAAUCCACACGGGAGAAGCCAUUUAAAUGCAGGGAGUGUGGAAAGAGCUUCAGUCAAAGGGGUAACCUUACUAUUCAUCAAAGAACGCACACGGGAGAAACCAUUUAAAUGCAUGGAGUGGGAAAAAGCUUUAGUGUGAACUCACUUUACAACUCAUAAAAGAAUCCACACGGGAGAAGCCAUUUAAAUGCAGGGAGUGCGGACAGAGCUUCAGCGUAAGCAAUAGCCUUACUUUACAUCGUAGAACACACACGGGGGAGAAACCAGUUAAAUGCAUGGAGUGUGGAAAGAUCUUCAGUAUAAGCAGAUGCCUUACUUUACGUCAUAGAACACACACGGGGGAGAAACCAUUUAAAUGCAUGGAGUGUGGAAAGAGCUUCAGUGCAGGGGGUAACCUUACUAGUCAUCAAAGAACGCACACGGAAGAAACCAUUUAAAUGCAUGGAGUGUAGAAAUACCUUCAGUAUAAGCAGAAGCCUUACUUUACAUCAAAGAACGCACACAAGGGAGAAACCAUUUUAAUGCAGUGAGUGUGGGAACAGUUUUAAUGUAAGAAGUAACCUUACUAGUCCUCAAAGAAUACACAUUUAAAGUAAUAGAAUGUACAAAGAACUUUCGUGUGAGCCUUGCCCUACAUCUGUAAACUAUAGGGCUGGUGGAAUUUAUGUAGUCCAAGAUAAUAUUUAGCAAUGUUAAGUUUUUAGUUAAUUUAAA